CCAGCCUCCCUGGCUGUCCCUUGGCCGUGCGGGCAGUGCACCUCGGCGGGUCAGACCCGGUGCGGCUCCGGCUCCAUCUUGGCGCAGGGCACCUGUGGCGGCAGCAGGAGCAGCGCGUCCGUCGGCCUGCGCGGCCCGGCGGCCACUGGGCAGCCAUGAGUUCUAGCCACCCUGAACCGGGUGCCCGGGAACCCCAAAGUCCCCGUCCACAGCCCCUGUCCCAGAGUUCUUCUAGCUUGCUGUGUGAAGGGCCGGAGCAGAGGCCAGAGCUGCGCAAGAGUUCCAGCAGCACUGUGUGGCGGGCACAGCCCGGGGAGGCCAGCCCCAGUCCCCGGACUCUGGCGGAGGAGGGGUGCCAGACCGCGCGCACCCAACAAGCACACACCUCGAGUCCUUGGCCACAGGCUGGUGCUGGAGGCCACUGGAGAAGCAGCACUGUUGGCAAUGUGUCUGCCGUGGGCGCCGGUGACAUGUGUCGCCUACGGGCCCCCAGUGUGGCAGCCGUGCAGAGGAGCCACUCAGACUUGGUUCAUAGUACCCAGAGCCGGGGGCGUGGCGGAGCUCAGAAGGCCAGCCUCAGCUGUUCCGCCCUUGGCAGCUCACCGGUCCAGAGGGCUCAGCUGCAGCCUGGAAGCAUUGCUGGGCAAGAUGGCCAGACCCCUGCUGUCCUGGAAAGUGACCUGGCACCGGAGGAUGAGACUUCUAAAUCAGCCUGCCCGCUGGGGGACAGUCAGGGGUUGGUGCCAGCUGUAGAACUGGAGGGUACGGCUGGUCUCCUCAGCAGUCCCCAGGGUGGACCCAAAGCUACUGGACAGCCAUCUUCCACUUCCUGUCAGGCUCCGCCCCCGGCAGCUCUGCUCUGCACUGUGAGGGAGGCUGCCUCUGGCGGCUGCUGCCGUGCUCUGCCUGCAACAGGCAUCCUGGCCUUUCCCAAAUUGGUGGCAUCAGUGAGUGAGUCUGGGUUGCAGGCUCAGUGUGGGAUGAAGUUCCACUGUAAAUUCCCCGGGGGGAUUUCUGGGCAUCCUCACUGCUGUGUCCAUCCUUGGGGGCCUGUGGGACUGACCGCAGAGUCUGGCUCCAGGACCAAAGAUGUAUGGACCAUGACCUCAGCCACUGACUUGGCCUUGGGUGUGGCAUCAGCUCAGGAUGCUGGGGUCCAGGUAGCUCCAGUGGCGGCCUGCAAGGCUGUGGCUACCAGCCCAUCCCUGGAAGCGCCUGAGACUCUGAACAUUUUCCCAGAGGUAAUGGUGGGGCCCCGCCUGGAGGAGGCGUCGUCACCUGUGAGGGACGUGAGAUGGGAUUCUGAGGGCAUGACGUGGGAGGUGUAUGGAGCCUCAGUGGACCCUGAGGUGCUCGGCAUUGCCAUCCAGAAGCACCUGGAGAUGCAGUUUGAGCAGCUGCAGCUGGCACCAGUCAGUGAGGACAGCCUGUCUACAGAGGGCCGCCGGGGCCCCCUGCGGGCGGUCAUGCAGUCACUGAGGCGCCCCAGCUGCUGUGGCUGCUCUGGAGCAGCUCCAGAAUGAGGAGUUGUGACCCCGAAGCUGGCCUUGACUCUGGACUUGGAUCUAGGCCAGUGGCAGUCAGAGUGGAGACUCUGUGUCACCAGAAGCCACGCUGUCACUUGAACAUCAGCCUUGGGCUUGCAGCUCUGUGCAGCCGGGCUGUCUUUUAAGGGCUUGAUUCCUAAGAGCCACUUCUCCGUUCUGGGCUCUGGACUUUGGGGCAGGGAUUUUGCAUUGCACAUCGGCAAAAUCCUGAUUUCCUUCCUGUAAAAGUACUCAACCUUUUGUUUGAUCUGCCCACAGGACUUUGCUGCUACUCCCCCAGGACUCCUGGUGGUUUUGUUUUUAAUAGCUUUGCUAGGGAAUAAUGAAUUUUUACAUGACACAGGAGGUCCACGUGGCAAGGGUUGCGCUGGUCCCUAGAGAACUGACAUCGCUGCUUGCCAUCCACCGGGCUCACCUACCUCGUUGAGGUUUUCCCCUCUUUUCAGAUGUCGCAGAGGAAGUCUGCCAAAGGUCUAACCGAUGAGCUCUGAGGUAGACACUUCAAUGCAGUGUGGAAGGCUUAGAGCUGGGACCAGCUGAGCCCCGGUGAUGGCCCGAGACAGACACCCAGGCCAGCUCAGUGAGGGUGGGGACAGGAAGGACUCAUUGAAUGCACAUUCUCUGCCAGGUUCCAGGGGGCUGUGACACAGCCACUGCCUGUGGAGUGCAGGGACCAGCGUGCUACAGGAGGGCUGUGCGUGCCACUUGGAGGGCUUUCCCAAAAUCCAGCCCCUGCAGGCCCCUGUACCUGGUUCCCUGCCUCAGGAAGUGGUGAACAAGUGGCCACCUGUCCCCAAAUGUGUUUCAGUGCUUGAAAGGGCGUCUUCCCUACCCACUCCAUUGGCUUUCAUCCUAGCUGGUGGCUGGGGGACCUGGCUGGGGUUCUCACCAGGUAAGGAAAUGGCUAGAGUUGAGAGGCUCUGAGUGUCAAGGGCUGGAAAUGACUUAUGUUAGAAAUGGCCUAGCAAGGCUGGGCAGUGGGGGUCAGUAGAUUUGGGUGGAGAAAGAGCACACAGGGUCUUAGCCGCCUGAUUUUAUUACCCAAGGGUUUCUCAAGACCCAGGAGGAUCGGUGUAGUCUGUUGAAGAUCCUAGGCUCCUGGGAUAGAGUCCUCGGGUCAUGCAUGGGAGAUAGCUCCAGAGAUGGGUAGACUCAGAGCCUCAGAUUUGACCAUGUUCCCGAAGCUUGAAUAACUUGUACAAGGGGAGAUGAAGUCACCCCUGGGACCCUAGGAUCUGGAAGGUGGCUUCUCUGCCCCAUCUGCAAGGUCCUGAUGCUCCCUGAAGUAGGAAAAUGCUAUGACAUGGAUUAUGGUUUGGAGCAGGGAUAGUGUGUCAAGGCAAGAGAGGCCGGCUUGCUAAGUGAGAAGCCUCGUAAUGGGCCGUCUUGUUGGUUCUAUGCCUCUCCCAGGGAGCAGGCAGACUCCCGGAAGUCCUGGGAAUGUUUGAAUAUUUGUGUGAGGCAAGGCAGGCACUUCAUGCUCUGGGGUAUGGUAUAUGGUCACUUGUCUCCUCCAUACACAGGUACCAGCAGCCCAGCGUCGGAGCCUGAAUGACAGUGAGCAGAUAGCUUUGGGGACACGGGGCAAUGCCACCUUCACACAGGGGGCAAUGCCACCUUCACACAGGGCCGCAGUUGAGAAAGCUGUUGACACAGAGGGCCUGGGCAGGUGGUUGGAGUGGGGACAGCUUGGAGAUAUCUGUUCUGCUGGAAUAUGUUGAGUCACUGAUGGGCAGGUAGGUACCACCGGGUGUUCAUCAGCUGGGAGGCUGACGUGGGCGCCUGUGGCGAGCAUUAUGGGGUCUGCAGAAGGUGGGGGAGAGUCCCACCCAUGUGUACAGUCUGUUCAGUGAGAAGAAGUCGCGGAGGCUGAGGUCCUUCCGCUUGGGGCAGGAGGACAGUGAGAUCCCUUUCUGGGACAAGCAAGGGUGGGUGGGCAGGCUCUGGAGGUCCACACAAAGGGAAACAUAGCACAGGGUUUGCCCAGUGGCAGGGAAACCCGCUGCGCAAAGACCUCCGCCUCUGCCGCAUGCAGAUCUCAAGCUCAUUGUUGGGCAGAUUGUGCCAACCUGCGAUUCCCGUGCUGCACCGGAUGAAAGCCAGGGUGGGCCCGCCACCCACUUAGCUUCGUCCUGACUGAUAAACGUCUGUGUGAUGGUACUAGAACCCCGCCCAGCCCGUGUGGUGGUUGGAAACCCUGGGAUACCCACUGGCUCAGCUGUACAGCCCCUGUUCUCUGGCCUGCCUGUGGCAUCUGCUGACUUAAUUUCUGAACUGAAUCCAUUCCUACUCUUAUUGGGCCCCUCCUAGGCAAGGCCUGAUUUGGAUACUGGACCAGGGUCUGUUGAGCAUGGUCACUGACUUUAUAGACUUCUUCUCUUGGACUCCUGAUUUCAGGCUUGGGCAUUUGGGACACCUUUUGGAGGUGGUGGAUCUCACUCUCUAUGUUUGUCAAAUUUUGAAUUAAAAAUAACUACAAGUUGAGAGAUCAGAGCUUUGCUAGGCCUUGGCAGAACUGGGGCAUUGGACAUGGUUAGUGUUGCUUCUUUUGUUCUGGUAAAUUCUGUCCUCUGGGGCAUAAACCCCAGAACUCAAGGGCUCUGUGUCCUGGUAGCCUUCGUCCCUCAGUCUUCAGGGGCCACCCCAUUCUGUCUGUUCUCCUUCUGAGUCACCUGGGGCUUGGGCAGUCAAAGUCUGGCUCGCCACCCCAGGACUGCCUUCUUGUGGGUAACAUGCAAGGAAUACAAGGCCUUGUCGCCCUCUUAGGGAACCACUGCAAAUCUAGGCUCCUUGCCUGCUGGUGGUCACAACGCUGGGGGGGUUGGGAAGUGGAGAAAUGUCCUCCUCCACUGUGAUGCCACCGUCUCUGUCCCCUGGAUGCUAGAUUAUUAUUUGACGGUGGCUGAAGGGGACCCACCCCAUCCAUGUAGGUCCUAAUAAUUUGGGAUUGGGGUGGGCCACCACAGCCUAAGGGGGUCUAGAGCUGGAAACCGAACCCCGGAUUCACAUUGAUGUUCACAAAAUCUUGGUCAAGAUACUUAGUAGUCCCGAAGAGCUGAAACUUCUUUAGCUCUAAAAUGGAGUGGUAGCAGCACUUCGUUUUUGGCUGGUGGGAAUGCAGUUGCAUAAACCAUGUAAAGCACCUGGCUCCAGUUAGUGCUAGGCUCACAUGCUGGUGUUGCCCAGUGUUUCAUGGCUGCAGGAUGGGGCUGCUGGCCCUUUGCUGCCGGCUUGGCCGCUCCGGUAGUCCAUGUCCCAUUCCCUUAACGUCCCUCCUUGAGAGCCUGGGUUCUCCAUCCCAGCUUCUUCACCCGCAGUGGUGUGCCCUGUCUAGGUCUCGUGCCUUCUGGCCGGGAGCCUCUGAAGUCAGUUCCUAGAGCCACAUGGAGGAGGACAUCCCGCCCCCCCUAGUCUGUUGAGGUGAGAAGAAUAGGUAGGGAAGGGCAGAAGCCAAGCAAGGAUGUGACCCGAGGCCAGUCUAGACCCGCAGCAGAGCCCUGGGUAGCCCUAGGUAGACCCCUGGGUGUGCAGGCUUGGAAGCCUUAAGAGCCUUGAGGUGGCCCUCCGUAUGGAGCCCUAAGGGAGUGCUGUGCCCCCUCAGGCAGGCAGGUGCGUUUGUGCCUGCAUCUGCCCAUCACCCGUCACAGACUGCCUGUGGUCCACACGCUGCCCCGGCCGUUCCUCUGGAUGCUGUGUAGAAGCAACGCUGCUGGCUUGCCAGACGACCUUGGUUAGAGGUGAAGCUUGGCAGCCGUCCAUGUUGAGUUCUUUCUCACUCGUCAUUUUGACCUGGCCCAGUUUUGUCAUCUGAAGCUACGACUCGUCCUUUAUAAGUUCUCAUCCAACUUGUCAGGCAGGGCAGGGCCACAGUGGAGUCUGGAGCGCAGGCGGCCCUGGAUUUACUCUCCCAUCGCUAUGGUCCUUGGGACCCCUCCCCUACCACCCACACAAACAUCAUUCAGGGAGUCAUUCAGGACAAGUCUGUUAAAAUCAGCAUCACCUAUAUCCAGCCCCAGGACCCUCUCCUUUAACAAAGGAGGAGGCCGUGUGGCCUAACAGGGAGACUCACUCUGCAGGACUGCCUUGUUCUCCCACUUUACCUGCGCCUUCCUGUCUGACACGCUGUUUGAGAUCAGCAAGCUAAGACUUAGACUCUAUCUUUUCGUCUUUUGAGGAACAGAGGCCAGCUCCGCCCUCAUCCUUGGCAUACCACCUGCUUAGCCUCAGUCCCCCGAAAGCUGCUCCUAGCACAUGGGGCUUAACCUGCCAGUUUCCUGGAAGGUGGCUCUGAGGGUCGGCAAGGAGCCUCUUUCAUAUAUGUUCUUUAGAAACCUUGUUGAGCCCUAAACUUUGCUCUCCUGUUUUGGAGUCCUUAGAAGGACCUGGGAACCAUGUUGACCUGUAGGAUUCCGAGAGCACAGGAUUUGUGCUGGGGCUGUGGUCACAGAAAUGUAAGAGCGCCUGGAAACGGUGAAACUGUUAAAAAAAAAAAAAAAAAACCCAAGCCAAAUCACUGUGGCACAGGCAGAUCAGAAAUGCUGUGUCUGAGUCUUCCUACAAGAGCUGGGCUCAUGGUCACCUUUGCUAUCCUUGAGCAGUGACUCUGCAGGAUUCCUGCUGAGUCAUGGGCCAUCCUCCCCCUCCUGGCCAGCCAGAGACAGUGCAGCAAGGAGGCAGGUCUGGGUCCUGAAGCAGGAGCUCUCCUGUGGCCUCACUUGAGCAGGAGGAAACGUGAAUUGGGGGAUUGAAGCUUAGGCUAUGAAGUGUGUUCUGUUUUAAAGGUACCCACAGGCUCGCCUGGUCUGUCUCGGCCUGGUACUUUUCAUUUCAUAGCGUCUUUAUGGAAAAAAACUUAGGGUGCCUUUUUUUGCAUUAUGUCUAUGCAUUCCUUCUCUGAUGUCUCUUCCCCUUUUCUGUCUCAAUUCCUCUUGUCCCUAGAACGCUUUGUCUCUCCACUGUCCGGAUAUCCUUGUCCCUUGAGCCUCCUUAGGUUUAUGUCGGGUCUGUCUUCCUUGGCUCUAUCACCCCAAAUCUCACUCUUUCUCUUCCUGUGGUUUGCAGCAUUUCCCUGAGGCCACGGCUUGGUCUGGGUCUCAGUGUCUUUGAUUUUCGGGGGCCUAAGCCCUUACCCUUCACCCAUUUUGUUUCUUUUUGGAGACACACUAAAGGACUGAGUUUACAAAAGUGGUUUCUGAGCAGAUACUAGGCAGGGAGGCCUCUCUGGGGUCACUCUGCUGGGUUUUCUGUUUUCCUUGCUUUGGGCUGUUGCAGUGGUCCGGCUGGGUGAAGGCAAGGACUCAAGUCCUUCUAGAAGGGCAUCCCCUGAGUGCUUGCUGGCACAAGGCUGGUCCUCUCGUCUUUCACACGUUCAGAAUCUUGCCAAGCUUGUGAUUAGGUCUGGGUGUGGUUUGAGCCUCCUGGGGGGGUACAGUGAGUCUAGGGACUCUGUCCUACCCCUGUGUCUUUCCUGUGUGGAACUGGGCUCAUAUUCAGGAAGUCGAGUCUAGAGACUAUGUGAGAAGAUAUCUGACUUGGACGCCAUCUGCGUACAUCUCCCUUCUGGGCCUGAGUAGGGCAGAAGGAAGGAGCCUCUGUCGGGCGGAACUUUCCAUGUGCUUCUGCAGAGCUAAACAGGGAUGCUGGAACCCAGGGGCAAAGAGAGAAUGGUUUUCACACCUCACCUUCUGUAGCUGUCUGUCCCCCUGCCUCCUCUUUCCUUCGCCCACUUUUAAACAAAGGUCUGAGAGAACAAUGGCCAUGGGUGACACUUUGUAUGCAAGCUUCCUGGAUGCAUUCUUUUGGAAGAGGUUCUGGUUUUCUUAUCUUAGAGUUGGGAGUUCCGAAGGAGGGGAAAGGUUUCUUGUGUGGUUUUCAUUCCUAAACUCCCUGUGCAUGGCUCGUUCUUCUUGGGGUGGACACUCCUUUGGGCAGGGCAGGUGCUAGGAAUGUGGUCACAGGCAGUUGGCCUGGGAAUGACGUGGAGCAUUGCUGAAGCCAUGCUUUAUUGGAGACAUUGUACCAGUUACUUUCUCAUUAGUGUGGGUUUGAAGACACGACAUUAAGACGUUAUUUGUCUUAAUUACAGAGUCUUUGGCCUGCCUGUACAGUUGGUUCCUAGCCAUUGCCUGGUGUCCUGGGCCAGGCUCUUGAGUUCUCUCUCGCUCUGGAAUGGGCUGAGAGCUCUCUUUCCAACGCUUCCGGGCAGUGGCUUCACGCUGUCCCCAGGAUGACCAGAUGCCCCCUAGUGGCAAGGUGGGGCACAGCAUGGAGCCACCUAGUGGGUGUGGAGUGGGAGCCCGGAAGUGGCAACAGUGUCCAGUUCAGCGAGGAAGCCCUGGGGGUGGUGGAACGGGCAUCGCAUCGGGGCAGGCAGCCUCUUCACUGCCAAGUCUACGUCUGACACUGAAGCCCUCCUCACUCCCUUCCUGUGUGUGUGUGCGCGUGCGUGUGUGUGUGUGCGCGCGCGCGGUGGGCCGGGGCGGGACACACACACAGCAUCUCUACCUGGAGCCCCAGGCUGUCUGUGGAUCAGCGUGUGAUGGGAGCAGAGGCUAGAGAGAGAGCCGUUUCUUACAGUAGGUGGGUGAGAGGGAAGUGGGGCUGACGGGCGUGCGUGGGAAUGAGAAGUGGGACCCCAGCGGGUACCCUGGCCUCUCGUCCGGCAAGCACCCCUCCCUCUCCGUGUUCACAUGGCGCCUCUGGGGUGCUGCUGUCUCAGGCUCUCUUGGCUCUGAGUAGCCGAAUUGUGAAAUGAACGUUCCCCGAAUGGCUAGAACGCUUCCUUCCCACUUAAGAAUUCAGGAGGUCUCUGGUUCUAGGCUUGGUCCUGUGGCUCAACACAGAUAUCAAGUUCCUUCUAGCUAUCUGCUCUGCCGUCUUUAGGGUCUUAGGGAGGGCUGACCUCAUGGUCACAUGAUAGCUGCUGCACCUCCAGGCAUCACACUCUCAUCCAAAUCUGCCACAAGAAGAUAUUAGCACACAUAAUAAAAGAUUGAAAAUGGGGUUUCUUAGUCUGGCUCAUAAAAUAAUUAAAAAAUGAUCUCUGGAGGAAAUUCGAGGGCAGUUUUCCUGGAAUUUGUGACAGGGGCGGGGGUGGCAGGCAAGCUAGGAGAAGGAGAAGUCCCAGAGCGUCUGGGAGCUCAUACCUGGGCCUUGGGCACUAUCUGGAAGGAAAGGAGGAAGAGGAAGGAAAAGGAGAAGUUAUGUUUAUACGAGUAACUCAGGAAAGCAAGUUCUGCAGUGAUGUUCUGCAAGCAUCUGCAGCGAGGGCGGGGCUUCUGGGAGGGGCGAGGACAUCAUUUCAAAUUGUGGGAGGGAAGUUGGGGGCGACAGGCCAGCUGCUGUACCUCUUAGAAGGAGGAGACAAUGGUAUGUAGUGUUUGUCUCUUGUCUUCUGACCUGGUAACCAGUGGUCUCUUUGUGACAUCUGUGGUUUUGAAUGUCAUCUAGUGGCACUCAUGUGGCAUGCAGCCUUUUCAGACCGGCUUCUCUCACCUAGUGAGAGCCAACCCUCCUCUGCGUCUUCAUGACUUGUGUAGGAAGCCAUGUGUAAGCUUUCAUGGCUUGUGGGGAAGAAUGCAAUGAUGUUUCCAGGCCACACUACCUUGUGGCAGCUACUGGAACCCUCCUGAGAACUUGUCCUUAGCUAAGGGACCUCCUAGUGUCAGUGAGUUUCCCCCAAAGGGGGGACUGGUUGGCCACAUGUCCUGCUCCCCUCCCCCUCCCUCUUGCCUGCACAUCAGACUUGUGCUGUGUGAAACCUCCCCAUCCUCAGAAGCAAAUGCUCAUGAUUGCCUGUGGGCUCCGAUUCCUCCCUUCAGAGACCCUGCCGUGCUGUCUGUCUCUUGUGCUGGCCUGAGCUGUCCUUGGAACCUCCACCAUGGCUGUUGCCUCUCUGUCUGUCUGUCCAUGACAUUAAUAACUUUUAUCAUGAACUCUGUACUCCCCGGUAAUCUGUCUCAGUGUCCUAGAAUCACCCUCUGAAACCUUCCAGUUUGGUCACUUCUUUUUAGUGCUGAGUAUUAUUUUAUUGUAUGGAUGUACCAGAGUCUGUCUGUCCUGCUGAAGGACAUGCUGGUUUGCUGUAUGUUUGGGUUUUAUCAAUAAGGCUUCUAUAAACAUCACCAUACGGAUGCAGCAGAAGUCCAGUUCAGUUGGGCAAAUUCUUAGGAUCACGAUGCUGGAUUGAGUGGAAAGACUAGGCUCCAGCGACUCCCAGUUCAAUGCCGCCUCUCACAGCAGCUGCCCAAACUUGUAUUCCCACUAGCAAAGUGUGAGAAUCUUUUUCAUCUUUAGCUAUUACACAAGCUAAAUCGAGUAUCACUGUGUACUUUUGUGGGUACUUGUGAGACUAUCUGUAGAGUAACUUUUUUUUUAUAUAAAAUGACACAUCAACAGAUUACUUUUCAAAAAGGUUUUUAUUCGCAAUGCCUGAAAAAUGCUCAUUUUGACACCCACAUUUGGCUGUGGGCUACCAAACUUUAGAAUUUUGGCAACUUGACAAGUGAUUAAAAAAGGUUAUUUCCUUAAAGGCUUUCACCUGUGAACAAGUGAGGUAGUGUUCUGACUGAAUGCCUGGGUGGGAUUCUUUCUCUGGUGGCAUUCAAGAUGUGCAGUGUUGGGUAAGUUACUGAACGUCUCUGGACUUCAGUCCCUCCACCUACAAGUAAAGAUAGUCCUUGCCUUGUUAAUUGGACUUGAAGGCUCAACGGUAUCCAUCAUGUAAAAUACUUAACAACGUCCCUGUCUCUAAGUAAGUGGUAAAUUAAUGAAUAUUAUUAUGUAAUAUGUUUGUGACAAUUUGAGUCUCUUGGCUUAUGAUCUGACAGUUCAUAUUGAUUCCUCAUUUUCUCUGGAUUCUUCUUUUGCAUAUUAAUUGACUGGAGCUCUUUGUGUUUUAAUAAAUUUCAUGUAUGUAUCAUUUGUA